AUGAACAAUUCUUAAAUAAGAGCAGAAUCUCCUUCUUUUUAAAAAAUGUAAGCACUAGCAGAUAGAUGGAAUUAACUUAAGACAGGAAUUGAUAAGGGGAAAUUCGAAAAAAAAGAAAUUUUAGAAACAUCCAUUUUUAAAAUAGACAAUUUAUUAAGUUAUGACAAAAUUAACGAUGAUGAAAAGUUUAAAACAAUUAAAGAAUAAUUAUUUAAAAUCACGGAAUAGGUCAAUAAUGAGAGAUUUGGAAAGGAACAUUACUUACGAUAUCAAGAACAAUUACUCCUCUUUGAAGAGUAGAUUAAUAAACAAAUGGAUGAAGAAAAAAAUAACAAACGGAGAGUGGAAUUAUAACUAUUGAAAUAAAUUGAAGAUAGAUUUGAAACUGUGCAAAGCAUGUUGGGGAAGAACAACUCUCUCUAUUAAGAUAAAUUAAAUAGAUAAAUUGGAGAUAUUGCCAAUUAAUUGAGUAAUCUGAAAUUUACUAUAGAAAAUGAGUAAUAAAAUAGAGUUGAAUCUUAGACUCAUUUAAUUGAGCAAAUGGAUUUGGAACUAAAUAAAUUCUAAGAAAUGAUGACCAUUGAAAAAUCAGUUAGAGAAGAAACGGAAUAGAAAAUCUUCUCUAUGAUAGAAGAUGUGCAUUAGAAAAUUCAAAAUGAAAUUAUUAAUGAAAGAAUCUCUAAAGAAAGGUCAUAAGAAAGUAUCCUAAGAUUGUUAGAAUCAACCUGCCUAAAAAUUGAUGAAAGUUUUAAUUCUUGA